AUGGAGCUUAUGAACCGUAGCUGGUCUCAACCCUCCACUCUCCUUCUAACAGGCAUCCCUGGCCUGGAAGCUACACAAGUCUGGAUCUCUGUCCCGCUGUGCGCCAUCUACCUUGUUGCCCUCCUGGGGAACUGCAUCAUCCUCUUUGUUAUCAAAACCACCCCGAGCCUUCAUGAGCCUCAGUACAUCUUUCUGUCUAUGCUGGCGGCUACAGAUCUGGGUCUGUCUUUAUCAACUCUGCCCACAGUACUCAAUGUCUUCCUCCUGAAUCUCAGGAAGAUCGAGUUCCACUGUUGCCUGACACAGAUGUUCUUCAUCCACACCUUCUCAUCCAUGGAGUCAGCCAUCCUGCUGGCCAUGGCCUUUGACCGGUUUGUAGCCAUUCGCAACCCGCUGCACUACACUGUCGUCUUAACUUCCCCUCGGAUUGUUCGCAUGGGGCUUGCAGCUGCAGGUAGGGGAGUGGCGUUGAUGGUCCCCUUGCCAAUCCUGCUCAAGCGACUGCCCUUCUGCAAAGGUGUCAUCCUAUCCCACUGCUACUGCUACCACCCUGAUGUGAUGAAGCUGGCCUGUGGCCCUGUCAGAAUCAACAUCAUCUAUGGGUUGUCCCUGGUCAUCUGCUCCUUUGGAGUUGACUCUGUGUUCAUUGUCAUUUCAUACAUCUUGAUCUUGAAAACAGUGCUGGGUAUCGCCUCAAAACAUGGUCAGCUGAAGGCACUUAAUACUUGUGUAUCUCACAUCUUCACUGUCUUCAUCUUCUACGUGCCUCUCAUUGUGCUGGCACUUAUUCAUAGGUUUGGUAAAUUCACAUCGCCUCUUCUCCAUGUCACCAUGGCCAAUCUCUUCCUCUUUUUGACUCCUGUCCUUAACCCCUUGGUUUAUAGCCUCAAAACUAAACAGAUAAGGGCAGCAGUACAUAAGAUAAUGAAGGCCAGAGGACACUUGCUCAACUAG